UACGAACUGGUAAACAAGAAAACAUCACUGACAUCCUCCACAGGAUGUGGCCUCUGAGGACUCAGGGACCAUCCACCCUACCUGCCUGCAAUGGAGAAGGGAGAAAUGGAGAUACAAGCACCAGGCCUUCCAUCCUGCUCAUGAUCACCCUGUAGACUUGUGUACCCACCACAGGGCAUGAGCGGCUCCAAGGGAGAAAGUUUUCGGGGCUCCCAAACCCCUCUCACUACUGUGUCUCUUCCCUGGAGAGAAGGCAGGAUCAUGGCAUCUUACAGCUGUUGUUUGGUCCUCUUGGCCCUUGCCUGGCAUGCCUCUGCCUAUGGGCCUGACCAGCGAGCCCAGAAGAAAGGAGACAUUAUCCUCGGCGGGCUCUUUCCUAUUCAUUUUGGAGUAGCAGCCAAAGAUCAAGACCUAAAAUCAAGACCGGAGUCUGUGGAAUGUAUCAGGUAUAAUUUCCGUGGUUUUCGCUGGUUACAAGCCAUGAUAUUUGCCAUAGAGGAGAUCAACAGCAGCCCAGCCCUUCUUCCCAACCUGACCCUCGGAUACAGGAUAUUCGACACUUGCAACACCGUUUCAAAGGCCUUGGAGGCCACCCUGAGUUUUGUUGCCCAGAACAAAAUUGAUUCUUUGAACCUGGAUGAGUUCUGUAACUGCUCAGAACACAUCCCCUCCACCAUCGCUGUGGUGGGAGCGACUGGCUCUGGGGUCUCCACAGCAGUGGCCAAUCUACUGGGGCUCUUCUACAUCCCCCAGGUCAGCUAUGCUUCCUCCAGCAGACUCCUCAGCAACAAGAACCAGUUCAAGUCCUUCCUCCGUACCAUCCCCAAUGAUGAACACCAGGCCACGGCCAUAGCAGACAUCAUUGAGUAUUUCCGCUGGAACUGGGUAGGGACUAUUGCAGCUGAUGAUGACUACGGCCGGCCAGGGAUCGAGAAGUUCCGAGAGGAAGCUGAGGAGAGGGAUAUCUGCAUUGACUUCAGUGAGCUCAUCUCCCAGUACUCUGAUAAGAAGGAGAUCCAGCAGGUGGUGGAGGUGAUCCAGAAUUCCACAGCCAAGGUCAUCGUUGUUUUCUCCAGCGGCCCAGACCUAGAACCCCUCAUCAAGGAGAUUGUCCGGCACAACAUCACAGGCAAGAUCUGGCUGGCCAGCGAGGCAUGGGCCAGCUCCUCUCUGAUCGCCAUGCCCCAGUACUUCCAUGUGGUGGGAGGCACCAUUGGGUUUGCUCUCAAGGCUGGGCAGAUCCCAGGGUUCCGAGAAUUUCUGCAGAAAGUCCAUCCCAGGAAGUCUGUUCACAAUGGUUUUGCGAAGGAGUUCUGGGAAGAAACAUUUAACUGCCACCUCCAAGAAGGUACUAAAGGACCUUUACCCACGGACACCUUCCUGAGAGGUCACGAAAAAGGUGGCAACAAGUUAAGCAACAGCUCCACUGCCUUCCGACCCCUCUGCACAGGGGAGGAGAACAUCAGCAGUGUUGAGACCCCUUACAUGGAUUAUACACAUCUACGGAUAUCCUACAAUGUGUACCUAGCAGUCUACUCCAUUGCCCAGGCCUUACAAGAUAUAUACACCUGCGUACCUGGGAGAGGGCUCUUCACCAAUGGGUCCUGUGCAGACAUCAAGAAGGUUGAGGCGUGGCAGGUCCUGAAGCACCUUCGGCAUUUAAACUUCACCAACAGCAUGGGGGAGCAAGUAACUUUUGAUGAGAAUGGUAACCUGAUGGGGAACUAUUCCAUCAUCAAUUGGCAUCUCUCCCCAGAGGACGGCUCCAUCGUGUUUAAGGAAAUUGGGAAUUAUAAUGUCUCUGCAAAGAAGGGCGAGAGACUCUUCAUCAAUGAGGAGAAGAUCCUGUGGAGUGGCUUCUCCAGGGAGGUCCCCUUCUCCAACUGCAGCCGUGACUGCCUGGCAGGGACCAGAAAAGGGAUCAUUGAAGGGGAGCCCACUUGCUGCUUUGAGUGUGUGGAGUGUCCUGACGGAGAGUACAGCGAUGAGACGGAUGCAAGCGCCUGUGACAAGUGCCCAGAUGACUUCUGGUCAAAUGAGAACCACACUUCCUGCAUUGCCAAGGAGAUCGAGUUUCUGGCAUGGACAGAGCCCUUUGGGAUCGCGCUCACCCUCUUGGCGGUGCUGGGCAUCUUCCUGACAGCUUUCGUGUUGGGCGUCUUCAUCAAGUUCCGCAACACCCCCAUCGUCAAGGCCACCAAUCGAGAGCUCUCCUACCUCCUCCUCUUCUCCCUGCUCUGCUGUUUCUCCAGCUCCCUGUUCUUCAUCGGCGAGCCCCAGGACUGGACGUGCCGCCUGCGCCAGCCCGCCUUCGGCAUCAGCUUCGUGCUCUGCAUCUCCUGCAUUCUGGUGAAGACUAACCGUGUCCUGCUGGUGUUUGAGGCCAAGAUCCCUACCAGCUUCCACCGCAAGUGGUGGGGUCUCAACCUGCAGUUCCUGCUGGUUUUCCUCUGCACCUUCAUGCAGAUUGUUAUCUGUGUGAUCUGGCUUUACACCGCGCCCCCAUCCAGCUACCGCAACCACGAGCUAGAGGACGAGAUCAUCUUCAUCACCUGCCACGAGGGCUCACUCAUGGCCCUGGGCUUUCUGAUCGGCUACACCUGCCUACUGGCAGCCAUCUGCUUCUUCUUCGCCUUCAAGUCCCGGAAGCUGCCAGAGAACUUCAAUGAAGCCAAGUUCAUCACCUUCAGCAUGCUCAUCUUCUUCAUUGUCUGGAUCUCCUUCAUCCCCGCCUACGCCAGCACCUAUGGCAAGUUCGUCUCAGCAGUGGAGGUGAUCGCCAUCCUGGCAGCCAGCUUUGGCCUGCUGGCCUGCAUCUUCUUCAAUAAGGUCUACAUCAUCCUCUUCAAGCCCUCCCGGAACACCAUCGAGGAGGUGCGCUGCAGCACCGCCGCCCACGCCUUCAAAGUGGCAGCCCGGGCCACGCUGCGCCGCAGCAACGUCUCGCGCAAGCGGUCCAGCAGCCUCGGGGGCUCCACGGGCUCCAUCCCCUCCUCGUCCAUCAGCAGCAAGAGCAACAGUGAAGACCCCUUUCCACAGCCCGAGAGGCAGAAGCAGCAGCAGCCACUGGCCCUGACUGGGCAAGAGCAGCAGCAUCCCAUGACCCUCCAGCUGCAGCAGCCCCAGCAAUCACAACCGCAGCCCCGCUGCAAGCAGAAGGUCAUCUUUGGCAGUGGCACAGUCACCUUCUCCCUCAGCUUCGACGAGCCACAGAAGAACAUCACGGCCCACAGGAAUGCCACCCAUCGGAACUCCCUGGAGAAUCAGAAAAGCAGCGAUGGCCUGAGCAGACACCAGGCGCUGCUCCCCCUGCAGUACAGGGACACAGACGCGGGCCUGGCCACCCAAGAAACGGGCCUGCAAGGGCUAGUGGCAGGAGACCACCAGCCGGAGGUAGAGGAAACAGAAGAGGGGUCCCCCACCCUCGUCAUGGCCAAGUCCCGGAGCUUUGUCAUCAGUGGGGGAGCCAGCACUGCCAAGGAAAGUUCACCACACUCACAGUGAAAGGCAGACGCCUGGGGAGAGGCCAGAGAGCUUUCCUGGAAUCACAGGGGCAAGGAGUCACCCCAGGCUCCUCUCUUCUGAGCAAAGAGGAAUGGAUACUAGACGUAUUAAAUGCCCCAGAUUUAGUUGUACCACUUUAAGUAACAGUGAAUUGACUGAUGUUCCCUUUAAAAUUUAAAAAAA